GUAAACAGGUCAAACAAUGACAACACAUAUGCGACAGGAAGAGAUGCGAAAGUAUCGCUGAGGACACAACAGCGUUUUGUUUAUACAUGUAGGCUGCAGUGUGUGUGUGUAUGUGAGUGUGUGAGAGUGUGUGUAGAGUGAUUAGCUGCUGAAGGAUGUCGGCGGCAGCUCGGGUAGCUGCAGCAGGAGCUCCGGUGUCGCUGCUGUCGCGGUUCCGCGGCGCGCUGGUCGCUGCAGUGCUGGGGGAUUGUGUAGGCGGAGAGUUUGAAGGAGCAGAAGAUGUUCCUCUAGACCGAGUUCUUCAGCAUCUCAGUGGACUGGAGGAUGAAACACGGGGUGACGGCAUACUGCAGUACAGUGAUGACACAGCCAUGACACGCUGUGUAGCCCAGUCGCUUCUUACCAGGAUGGGCUUUGACGAACAAGACAUGGCUCGCAGUUUCGCAAAAGAGUAUAGCCUCGCUCCAGGCCGUGGCUAUGGAUCAGGAGUCAUUCAGGUCCUGCGAAAGCUUGCAUCGCCUCAGCUCUCUGAUGUCUUUCAGCCAGCACGUGCUCAGUUUGGUGGACGCGGCUCAUUUGGCAAUGGAGGAGCAAUGAGAGCUGCACCCUUUGCCCUUGCCUUCAGAAGUGCUGCUGACGUGAGGAGGUAUGCAAGGUUUGGUGCGAUGCUCACCCACUCCUGCUCUCUGGGCUAUAAUGGCGCUGUGCUACAGGCUCUCGCUGUUCACUUGUCGCUGCAAGGCGAUCUGGCCUUACCACAAAAAUUCAUCAGUAAACUCAUCUCUGAAAUGGAGGAAGUGGAGAAUGACGAGACGUCCCGCAGUGACGCCAAAGUGCUUAAUUUAGCAGAAUUUCCCUAUUGUGCACGUUUGCACAGAGUCAAGGAGCUCAUGGAGCAGAAUAGCGUGAGCAUCGAGGAGGUCAUUUCAGAACUCGGGAAUGGCAUUGCAGCCCUCGAGUCUGUGCCCACAGCCAUCUUCUGCGUGCUGCACUGUUUAGAGCCUCGAGAGGGCCUGCCGGAGUGUUAUGGUGGCCUGGAGAGGACAAUAGCCUACAGCUUAGCCCUGGGAGGUGACACAGACACCAUCGCAUGCAUGGCAGGUGCUAUCGCAGGUGCCCACUACGGCAUCAGUGCCAUUCCCCAGAGUUGGCUGAAGAGCUGCGAGGGGGCAGAGGAAGCUGAGCAUCUGGCUGAGCGUCUCUACAAACUCUACAACAUCACUCAGUCAGAGGAAGUCAGGGUGACCACAAGCGACAGUGAUCAGCCACAUGACAGUCUGAAAAAUACUGACUGAUCCAUUACACAUUACUACAGACAUACAUGCAUGUAAUUUGACACAAGCAUACAUACACAGCUGAGAAAACACAAGCCUUGAUCAUAAGAAUCUGUAGUCUUUGUUGUGCAAAAAGAUUUACAAUAAAAGAACUAAAUCAGUUGCA